AUGCGAAGAGCCCGUCGAGCUCGACAGCCAGAGCCGGUCACCUGGGAAGCUGCCAAAGUCCAGGCGACGACUGCUGCGUCGCACGCGAUGCGCUCACGGGGAUUUCCCACAGAAGAAAGGCCUUAUGAUCGAUUGGGAGGGCCAGAGCAUGUGGCAAUUCCGAGACGACCAGGUUCCAGCCUGCAGUAUACAGAGGACAGCUUUUCAGCUCAUACGGGAUCCAUCGCACCCCCAGUGACACCUCGUCAGUCUAUGGAGACAAUAGGGGCAAUUCAAGGCCAUAGACCGGAAAUUUCGGCCGCGCUACCACCCAUCACUGAGCUUAGGGGUCUAGAUGGACGCGAUAACUCGGUGCCUUCAUCAUACCGCCGGCUGCGCAAAGCGAAGUCUAUGUUUUCGACCAGAGCUCGCUCAUCCCAUAUUGUAUAUGAAACCACAUUGAUGUCCCCACCGGAUGGCUGUGGCUCCGACCGCAGCCCGGAGUUCGAAUUGGCUCGGACGCUGCGGCCAUCUGUCCCUUUCAUUCGGGGCCAUCGACAAGAAAAUCGAGCGAUUCGACAUGCCAAAAGUCAAGAUACCGCUAUCCAGCUCGCUCGCAGUCAGUUCUUGGAAGAAACAGAAGGCUUUGGGACCCAGGUCAGACGCUCGUCGUUCUUUAACAGGCGCAAGAGAGAGCACAGGCCGUUUCGGAAGACAUUCCGGGUUUCAAGUAAUACAGGAAUUGGCGCAAGCUUCCCGUCAGAACAUGCUUAUAGGAGGGGCUCGGGCAGCAGAUCCCGAACCUUCUCUUCCUCCAUCAAGAAUGGCUUCAGGCGUGUCUUCGGAUUUUCCAACCCUACCGGGCAGCAGCCCGAACCUUACUUCCAAUCAGAAGCCUCCACUUCCAUUACACCUACAGAACCUAUGGUUGACGGUCAUCUUGUGGAAAAUGCCGUGGGUGGCAACGUGGGCAUGAGACAGUGUCGGAUGUCGAGUCCCUUCCCGGCCGACCAGCUCUCUCCCGGCCGCGACAGCCUGUGUACAUCGAAAUCUCGAGUCACUAGCUGGGCAGACUCAACCGUUGCAAAUAGUGAGAAAACCCGGAAAAUUGGGCAUCACCAGUCAUUGUCUUUGAUUGAAGAGCAUGGAGAUCUGAACAAGCAACUCCCCCAAGUUCCCGUGGACGACCGCACCCACUCCAGACUACCCUUUUGUGAUGAGACUAUUGAUAGCUUGCGCCAGGGUACUAGUGCUGGCAAAUUCGACUCUUGGGCUGACAGCAGCGAUUUAUACUCGGCAUUGGUGCAUCAAAUUCGACGACAGGCUGUAUUCACCCCUGAUGAAAAUGCCAUUCUCGGUACCGUCCCGGCACACUGCGUGAUUCCAGAGCGCACAUCCUCGGUAUUUUCACAUCGCAGCAGGCAAACUAUACGGCACGUCCCAAGUGGAGAAUCUUCUGUAGCUGGAUCAUUUGCAACUGCACGCGUGGGAGACUCGAUGUCUCCACAGAGGCGCCAUCCAUACCCACUCAAGUAUACUCCAAGCAAAAUAGCUCAGUGCAUAUCUGGCCAGGAGAACCAUCUGCCACUCGGCAAUCUCUCGGACGGGAAGUCGCCACAGUCGCCCUAUGUUAUUGGUGAGGGAUCGGACGAGGAUACCGGGAGUGUAAUCAUUGCUCGCUUCGAGGCAUUAAGAACUGGAGCCGUCUCUCCGAGUGUCUACUCACGAACAACUAGCGGCAAUACCCCCAGGAAAGGCUCGAGUGGAUGUGUUACCAGUGUUCCCGAUGGGGAGACAGGAACCGCCACUAUUUUUGCUUCUCAACGAGCAGCAUACAGCUCGCCAACUCGAACUAAAGGCUCCAUCCCAUCAGGGCCCCAGGUACAACCUAGCGCGGACUGGCAGAAGUGGAUGAACUCCCAAAUUGAGAUGAUCGAAAAGACAAGUCCGAUCAGAGAGCACUUCCGGGAGGGUGCACAAUUUCUGGAAGAUGAUGAUGAUAUCUUUAUGGGGAUGCUCCGGCGAGCACCUUUACCAAGCCCGGAGGCUGAUGUUGGGCCUCUUGGUACUAGUGAGCAAGUAUUCAAUGGUCGCCCGGCACCAGAGGGACCCAAGCCCCUGACACAAAACAAUUUCUCCCGUCCAUUUAGCCGAUCCUCGAGUGUACGAACUAUCUUGUCGUCUCAAAGAGCACAGCGUGAUGUAUCUGCAAGAAGUCAGCCACAGCUUCCCAGUGCUGAGGGCGGCUCUGGGCCAGCUUUGGACAGUCCACCGGGACCUGCCUGGGUUCCCAGUGGCCAGAUUCCGUCGAUGAUGCGCACGAGGUCUUCAAACAUGCUCCCUGCCCUCGAGUCCCCCACUCCUCGACGAUUUGGUCCCGAGUCACAGAAACGAACAUGGGCCAGGUACUCUGCUCGGCUGCCAAAUGCCAACGGAAAAAACAAUCGGUUUCGAUCGAUGCGAACAUACCGCACUUCACAUGGAACGAACAACGAAAACACACGGCAGCAAGAGGAGCAUGAUGAGAUGAUGGUUGAGUACCACAACCUGCAAGACAUUCAUUCUACGAUCUCUAGCAAGCGCAUGGUGGAAAUGUUCUUGGACAGUCGACGCCGCCAGAUGGGAAGAGAUGAAUCUGGUAGCAAUGUCGCCGAUGAAGCCUUUGUUUGA